ACACCCAAACCACGUGCGCGUUGGACUGCAAGGGACGGCAUAGCCGGAUGAGAACGCCUGGGUGAGCGACUCCCACCCAUCCCCGGCUGCUCGGGGUGAGGGCGCUGUUCCCUCGCCCCCAACACGGGCAUCGCAGUCGGGAGGCGUCGCCGCCGCCACCACCACCAUCACAAACGUCGCCAACAUCGUCAUCAUCAACAGCAGCAGCAUCACCAACGAUCGUCAUCUGCGUCGCGACGAGCAUCGCUUCCGACUCGAGAAACUCACGGCGGCCGUCGUGUGGUCAGUGGAGGAGAGUGAGGCUCAUGGAGGAGGGUCUGUGAGCACGGGCGGUGGGGUAGGGGACACCCCACACAAGAGGGAAGUCGAAACCGAUACGCGCAGAGAUGUUCACUGCGAUACGGAGUUUCGGCGACGCCGGAGCGCUUGAGGACGAACGCGCCUACUGAUGCAGAGAUAAACGCGGGGGCCGACUGAGUCACGACGGGGGUGUGGGUUCGCUCCCAGAGACGUGGGGAUGCGGAGACACGCGGGGACACAGAGACAGACCGGGAGGCUCACCCCGAGAGGAAGGAGAGCUCGCGGCGCUGACGACCGCGUGGAAGACGGUGACGGGGAUGGCGACAGUAACGCAACCACGAAGUUUCACACCCAAACUGACCCCGCUGCCGCCGGCACCACCAGCAUCGCCGCCAUCACCGCCCCCACUGGGCGCCGUCUGCCGUGCCCCGUCUGUGGCAUGACCUUUGGCAAAGCGGCUGACCUGCGCCGCCACCAGUCGAUCCACACGGGUGAGAAGCCCUUCGGCUGCCCGGGCUGCGGCAAGCGCUUCCGCCUGCGCUCGUACCUGGCGAGCCACCGGCGUACGCACACGGGAGAGAAGCCCUUCUCCUGUGCCGAGUGCGGAAGAAGUUUCUCGGAUCGCUCGGACCGCAACGCCCACCAGCGCUCGCACCAUGCCGCGUCCGCCUGCCCGCUGUCGACGUCGUCAUCUUUGCCGGCGAAGUCGCCGGCCCCCGCGCACGCCUGCGCCGUGUGUGGCCGUCGUUUCGCCAAGCCCUCGGCGCUGAGACGACACGAGGCGACGCACGGGGGCCCCGAGACCAAGCGCCACGUCUGCCGCGAGUGCGGCCGCGCGUUCCGGCAUUCCGGGUCAUUGGCCCGGCACGAGGCCGCACUGCACGGUAGCGGCAAUGGCGGUGGCGGUGAUAGGAAUGUUGGCGAUGGGAUUGGUGGUGGCGGCAGCAUUGGCACUGGCGGCCGAAGUGCUGGCAGCGAUGACGGUGGUGUUGGUGGUGAAUGUGGUGAUGUUGGCAUUGGUGCCGGAGAUGCUACUGCUGCUGCUACUACUGCUGCCAGUCUCGUGCGUGCCACGGCCAGUCCCGCGGUUUUCUCCUGCGCCAAGUGCGGCAGGGAGUUUCGGAAUGCCGCCGCGGUGGCCCGGCACGCAGCGGUGCCGGGGUUGUGCCGCGAGCCGCACGCCUGCGGUUUCUGCGGGAAGAAGUUCGCGCGGCCGUCCGUGCUGCUGAGACACGCGCGCACGCAUACGGGCGAGAGGCCCUUCGUGUGCGCCGAGUGCGGCAGGGCCUUCACGCAGAAGGCCGUGAUGGUGAAGCACCGCAGGGUGCACUGGCGCCAGAGGAAACUUGCCUCUGCUGCCGCUGUUGGCGGUACUGCCGAAAGUAGUGGAGAGGGUUGUGUUGCUCAAGGUGGCUCUGUGGGUAGUUGUGGUGGUAGUGGUUUCGUGGGUGUUGAUGGUGAUUUUCUGAGCGGUCGUAGUUAUGGUGAUGGUGGCGAUGAGAGUGGUAUUUGCGGUGAUGGUGGUGCUACUGCUGCCACCACUGCUUUCACUCCUGCUUUCAGCGCUGCUUCCAUUUCAACAUUACCGUCUGCACUGUCUUCAUCUGAUUGUUCUUUAUCUUCUGCUCAGUGUUUGUCUGACCGAACUUUAGCUCAAUGUUAUUUCCACGACGCUUCUCGGAGUUUAUCGCCUUCGCAAUAUUCUUCAAUUCCGUCUGCUGCUGCUCAGUCUUCUACGACGUCAUCAUUUCCUGCGUUGUCAUCGUCGUCUAACCCCUCGGUGCCAUCGAGCGAUGGUGGUGGUGGUGGUGAAGACGGUGGCUGGAAGAGUCACCCAUGCCAAGAUUGUGGCCGGGUCUUUGCGGACCGCGCGUACCUGGUCUACCACAGACGCACGCACACGGGGGAGAGGCCAUACGUGUGCGAGGAGUGCGGAAAACAGUUCCGACACUCGUCCAACCUCAGCCAGCACCGCGUCGUCCACUCCGGUAUCAAGGCCUUUAAGUGCGAGGAGUGCGGGAAGACGUUUGCCCGGAGCUCCUUCCUCAAGGUGCACGCGCGGGUGCACACGGGCGAGAAGCCCUACCGCUGCGUCGAGUGCAGCGCCUGUUUCGCGCAGCAGGCCGGGCUGAGGCAGCACGCGCGCCGACAUCUCCGGGCUCGAGGUGCAACGACGGCGCCGGCAGAAGAAGAAGCGGCACCAGCGGAAUGUUCUUCAGGACUGUCGGUCGUAUCGAGUCUACGUCGAGCGCCUCAACUGUCGGCGCUCUCGUCAGGACCUUCAACGCCGUCACCGGUGGUGUCCCCUGUCGCAUCAAUGGUGUCUUCAGGAGCUUCCAGACCAUCGACGGUGAUGCCUCCGGUUUCGUCGGUGGUUUCUUUAGGACUUCCAGAAACAUCGAUGUGAUGUCCAGUAGCAUCGGUAGCAUCAAUGGUGUCUUCUGAAUUUCAGGUUGCACCAGGACUAUUAAUGGCACCUACACCAGUACCAUCAAUUGUACCUCCAGUUUCAUCGUCAGUGUCAUCACCUGUCCCUCUGCCAGUAGCAUCAGCACCACAAUCACUGCAAUCAUUCGUACCGACAACGAUACAAUCAGCAGCUUCAAUGACGCCUACAAUAUCAACGGAACUACCAUCGGCACCAUCGUCUGUACCGUCAACACCACAACAGCCGCUGCUCUGCUCAAUGGUGGUGGUGCCCGUUGAGGAGGUGGUGGUGAAGGAUAGCGAGGAGAUGGAGGGUGGUGUGGAGGCUGAGGAGGCGGAGGAGGAGAUGGGAGAAGAGAUGUCCUAUCAGCGGCUGGCCAUGUUGUUUGGUCAGGACGGGACGACGUGAUCCAGAGGGUGACAAGAAUGGAUGGUCCUCAAUGGGUUCUCGCCUCAUGAAAAGUCAAUGAAUAUUAACGAACAUGCAAACGCAUACAAUUAACUCCAGCAUUUACAGUAUUUUAUUUUGUACACAU